UUGCAAUAGGGUUUAACACCCCUCAAACCAAAACGACGCGAACGAUAUCUAGGGUUAGGCUCACCUCUUUCGUUCCGGAGAGCCCUUCUCUUUCUACCCCCGCCUCCGAUUUCAAAAGCCAUGGAAUCACCCAUUAACGACCCCGCCGUUGACGGAGAAACCAACGAUGUGAGGUCCUUAGGCCACAGAGAAGAAGAGGAGGAUAAGUCUCAGCCUCUUACUGGCGAUGGGGCAAGUCCCGGAAAGAUAUUUAUAGGUGGUUUAGCGAGAGAAACGACAAUUGCUCAAUUUGUCAAGCACUUUGGUAAAUAUGGUGAGAUUACAGAUUCCGUAAUAAUGAAAGACCGGAAGACUGGGCAACCACGUGGAUUUGGUUUUAUAACUUAUGCAGAUCCCUCUGUGGUUGAUAAGGUCAUCGAGGAUACUCAUGUUAUCAACGGCAAACAAGUGGAAAUUAAGCGUACAAUACCAAGAGGAGCUGUUGGCUCUAGGGAUUUCAGGACAAAGAAAAUUUUUGUGGGUGGAAUUCCCUCGACUGUGACUGAAGACGAGUUCAGGGACUUCUUUACACACUAUGGAGAGGUCAAAGAUCACCAAAUAAUGCGAGAUCAUUCCACCAACCGCUCUCGUGGCUUUGGGUUUAUUACUUUCGACUCUGAGGAAGCUGUUGAAGAUCUCCUGUCUAAGGGGAACAAAAUAGAGUUUGCUGGGGCUCAGGUGGAAAUCAAAAAGGCUGAGCCAAAGAAACCAAACCCACCACCGGCCCCCUCCAAGCGCUAUAGCGACUCAAGAUCUUCAUUUAGUGGUGGGUAUGGGGAUGCUUAUGAUGGAUUUGGUGGCGGCGGCUUUGGUGUUGGGGGAUAUAGGGCAGGUGGUGUCUAUGGUGGUAGGGGCGGUCCUUAUGGUGGCUAUGGUGGUGAAUUUGGUGGGUAUGGAGGAUAUGCUGGGGCCAUGGGGCCUUACAGAGAUCCCUCCCUUGGGUACUCUAGUCGAUAUGGGGGUGGGUUUAGCAGAGGUUACGAUCUUGGAGGAUAUGGUGGACCUAGUGAGGGUUAUGGGGGAUACGGUGGUGUUGGUUCUUCAGGUGGUGCCUAUGGAAGUGGCUAUGAUGCUAGCCUGGGGGGCGGAUAUGGUGGUGGCAGUGGCAGUGGCAGUAGCGUUGGAGGUUCCUUUUAUGGGAGUAGAGGUGGAUAUGGUGGUGCAGGGUCUGGUCGAUAUCAUCCUUACGGGAGAUAGAAGGUUAUGAAGCGAGGAUUUGUAGUCUAGGACUAAAUGUCAUGUUUAGCAGGAAAGGAAGUUUGUAUUUUGUUGUGUUUGGUUCUUUAAUUUGUCAGGUUACAUAAUUUGAUUAAAAAAAUUCAGUUGUCCAUGACACUUUCUUUGAACACCCAUGAUUAGCACGCUCUUCCUGGGCAAGCUUUACAUGACCAAACAAUCUCUUUCCCCCUUGGGUCCUCUUUUGAACCUGGUGGUUGUACUCAAAUUUAUUCAUCAUAAUCAUUUGUUGUAUCAAAUGUAA